AUGAAGAUAGUGCAACAGCUUCUACUGGUGGCUGUAGCCUUGUGGUUGCGACAAGGCGGUGCUCCCACCGUGGCCGGACAAUGUGCACAUAGGUGUGGGAGAGUGCCCAUACCUUAUCCCUUCGGGCUCGAACCCCAGUGUGUGAGGUCCAAUGAAUUUUUGCUCAAUUGCAAUAAGACCGAAGGGAGAGGUGGUCGACUACUGUUGGGGAAUUAUUCGAUACACAAGAUCUCAGUCAGCGACUCGACCAUGGUCAUCAGACUCCCCGAACUAAACGACUGCUACAACAAGUCUAGCUUGUCAGUAAACACAAACAAUUCUCUGUCCAUCGAUCUAUCUCCAUAUCCGCAGUACAGAUUCUCGGCCAACCGGAACGCCCUCACAGUCCUCGGUUGUGACACCUACGCGUACAUGACCAACGGAGUUGGGCGGGGCGCCUGCAGCCCCUACUGCACGAGGUACGUCGACUUGGCGAAGGAGACCACUUGCCUUGGUCUCGGUUGCUGUCAAGUAUCCAUUCCGGGGGUCGACACGCUCUAUGUUAGAAUCUCCUUCUUCAACGAUAACGUGAAGGUCUCGUCAUUCAACCCCUGUGGAGUGGCCUUCGUGGGGGACAAAGAGUUAUUCAAUAUCUCCAGCAAGAGGUCGGACUUUGUUCUGGACUGGACGAUCGGAUGGAACGUCACUUGCACACAGGCCAUUUUGAACCAGUCGAGCUAUGCCUGUGGCAACAACACUGACUGUCGCGACUUCGCGGAUGGACCGGGUUACCGUUGCUUUUGCAAGCCUGGGUAUGAGGGGAAUCCCUAUGAUCGCUCCUGCGGGUGUCAAGGUAAUUAA